CCGCCGCCCAUUAGGCCCGAAACCCAGGCGCCUGGAGCCUUGCACUACUUUCCCCAGUCCCUGUACGGACCCCGGCACGCCCGGAGCGCGGCGGGCAGUGGGUCGGCGCGCUGACCAGGGUCGGCCGCUCAGCCUCGGGCCACGCCAGCAAAGGGAGCGGGAGGCGGGGCGGCCGGGCCGGGGGCGGAGCGGCGGCCGCAGCCGUGAGCCCGCCCACCGCUCGCCCUCCGCCGGCCGGCUGGCGCGGCCAUGGAGGUCUACAUCCCGUCCUUUCGCUACGAGGAGAGUGACCUGGAGCGGGGAUACACGGGAUCACUGCCAACCCCUGGAGCUGUAGCGCCUUUGCUGGAGGGGGCGCCACAUACUGAAGGUGUUUAAGAUAGAAGUGCUAAUGAAUGGAAGAAAACAUUUUGUUGAAAAAAGGUACAGCGAAUUUCAUGCUUUGCACAAAAAGCUUAAGAAAUGUAUAAAAACUCCAGAAAUCCCUUCUAAACAUGUUAGGAACUGGGUCCCAAAAGUUUUGGAACAGCGACGACAAGGUUUGGAAACAUAUUUACAGGCUGUCAUUUUAGAAAAUGAAGAACUUCCCAAACUCUUUCUUGAUUUCCUAAAUGUGAGACACUUGCCCUCUCUACCAAAGGCAGAAAGUUGUGGAUCUUUUGAUGAGACAGAAUCUGAAGAGUCAAGCAAACUGUCCCACCAGCCGGUGCUGCUGUUCCUCAGGGAUCCAUACGUCUUGCCUGCAGCCAGCGCAAGAGAAAGGGGACUGCUGUCUGUAGCAAGGGAGCCCAUCCUCAGAUCACCCACUUGGCUGUCAGCUGAAGGUAUUGUUUAUUUUGUGCAUCUGACCAAAAUUCCUGCAUAAGUAUAGAGAAUGGAUCACCAUGGACAAGAAGAGCCAGGAUACUUAAUGGAAGAGUGAAGAUAUUUUAUGACACUCUCAUUAUUAAGCAGCACCUACUAUAUGCUGUACACCUUACUUGACAACCAAGAACAGGAAGACCUUCUAGAAGAGUAAAUGGAACCAGAAAUGGGAGGGCCAGUCAUCACAUCUAUUUUCUUGGAAUUUUGGCCAACCUGGUCUCAUAAGUCAGAUUCCUGUUACCUUAGAAGGUGUCAUACUAAUGACAUGUUCUUACAAAUCUUUCACACAUAACUUGAAGAGAAAUUUUACUUUACCUCGCAUUCUUGUAUUAUGAUGCCUCUUAGCAAGAUGUUGAAGUUGUUAUUCCAGAGCAUGUUGAACAUGAAAACAUCUCUGGAGAUAUAUCAACCUUCAAAAAGCCAGAGGAGUGUCUGUUUUCACAGUUUAGACAUUUGAACAUUAUCUUCUCAUAACAUGGUAAUAAUUGAAUACUAUUUUCUUAGCUUUCAACAUCAGAAGUCAAAAGAGUACCCUUGUAACAGAUUGAAAAACAUGCCUUUUGGUCUUCAUUUUGAUUUUUCUGGGAAAUUCAAAACAACUCUUUCUAAGGUCCCCAGUGACCUGAGUGCAGCCAAACCCUCUGGAUGAUUUUAUUUUUCAUCUUGCUUGGCCAUUCAUCAGCUUUAGAUGUGUUGACUAUGUUCUUUCCAUCAAACACAACAACAAACCUUACUCCAAAUUAUGUUUCUUCUCAUUGCUUCUCAGUGGGAUACAAGUAUUAGGACAGUUUCCUGAGUAACUUAAGCAAUAAUGGAUGUUGUAUUAAUACUGAUGGGUAAAACAAAGUAAAUAGACCUGUGUUUGGCACACAUUAAGUACCAGCUAUUACUACACACUAUGUACUCUCAAAUUAAUGGACAUCAAAGUGAAUAACAGUUCUGCCCAUGCCAUGGAUCUUAUGUGCUCAUUGGGGUGGCAAAGAAGUCAACAGACAUUUUAUCAUGCAUAUGGUAAAGCCAAAACCCAGAGUUUAAGUAGAAGACGUGAAAAGAAAGAGGGGCCACGGGGAAGCCCUAAUUAUCGGAUCACAGAUCAUGAGUUGAUAGACUCAACCUUGUAAUAAAAUACCUCCAUCCCAUUCCCUUUUUAUCAGAGCAUCCUAUUUGCACCCUUGAAUAAUGGUCACAAACCAGCUGUCCUGCCUCCCUCUCACAACCACCACCACCCACAUUCAAACAUGUGUGUCUAGCACAUCUUCAGUUGUGGGUGGACAGUAAGUUUAAGUACAAGGCCUUAGCUCUUGCUGUUCCCUCUGCUGGGGAUGCUGGCUCCUGGAUACCCUCACGGCUGUCUCCUGCCACUUCAUCCAGGUCUUUCCUCAGAGGGCCUCUUCACACAAAGACUUCCCCUCUCUCUAUCCCCAGCCUCUCUAGCUGCCCUGCUGUGUUUUCUCCUUGUCCUUGAGCUACUCCCUGGCAUACUAAUGGUGCUAUAGACUACUCAUAGUAUUUAGUAUUAUGUCUUUUUUUGCUAAACUUAGUUAACUCUAUUUAAGCUAAAUAUAGCUUCAUGGAUCUUCAUGGAUCUUCAAGUAAACUUUAAGAUUUGGAAUGGCAAAGGAUGAAGGCACAAUAUGCCAUUUGCAUGUAUAUGUCCCAUUUGGGUAUUUUACUGAAAAUCAGUAGCUCUGUUUUUUGCUAUUAGUAUUUCUAAUAUUUUUAUAUUAGCAUAUAUGUUCCAUUGCAUGAGCAGGGACAAUUAUUUACUUAUGAUCAUCAGUUUCACUCUCACUCUGGUCUCCCACUACCCUCCGGUUAUACAAGCCAGAAGCCUAAGAGGCAUCCCUGACAUCUUUCUCUGUUUUGCUCACUUCUAACAUCUAAUCCAUCACCAGGUCAUAUCCUUCAUUCUCUAGCAUCCAACUACUAUUCCGUAUCAUAUACCAUGAUCCUCCAGAAACUGAGCUGAUCUCCUUGUAUCUGCUUUGAACUAGCUUCAGUCCAUUCUCUGAGUGGCAGCCAAAGUCUUUUUUUCAAAACACAAUUUGAUCCUGUUUCACUCUGCUUAAAAUCCCUCAAUAGCUUCUCAUUAUAUUUCAGAUAAAGGCAGAAUUGCUGUUGAUUCUCCCUGGGCAUGACUUGGCACCCUCUGCCUUCUGGCUUCCUCAUGCCUGCUCCCCUUACUGCCUGUCUUAUAUUUAGAUCUCAGAACCUCUAGGUCCCCUCCUGCUGCAGACUUUCCCAUUAACUUCCUCUGUCUCAUCCUUGCCGAGUCUUCCUUCCUUCCCUGAUGAAGCCCAGUCUCCUUGUACAUGGCUUUAUGUAAUAAGUACUUUAUAAAGCAUUAGUCAAUAAACAUUAAUUAUGGAUUAAUAAACAGACAUUAUUUCUUUGUCUCAGAUCACCUAACUUCCUUACAGAAUAACUAUAUUUAUUUAAAGAGCAGAGUUAUAGCAUAGUUUCUGGAUAUAAUUAUGCACAGAUUGAAAUUUAGAACUUCAGCAUCUAAAGCAUGAGACAGAUUGCUUCCCUCUUAAGCAACUCAUUUGUGUUUCACCUGCAACAAUAACUGGAAUUUGGUGCACCAUACAGUGUGCCUCUGUGUCUUCUUUACAUAUGAUACCAAAAAAGUAACUGAUUUUUCAAGUUUGUCAGGAUGGCCUUUGUCAGAUAUUUGCCUUCUUAGGUUGGUAAGAAAGGCCCCCAUCUUGCUGCUCUCUAGAAACUCGUGUAAUAGGACAAGCAUACUCAAGACAACUUGGACUACAUGCUGCUGUAAACCACAAUGGAAAAACUGCAGCAAAGUAUUCCCAGUAGAAAUCUUGGAAUUCCUUCAAGUAUAUUGAGAUUUUGUUAGAAAUUGAAUUGCCAGAGUAAUCCAUCUUCCUUGUGAGAAAACAUUCAGAUAAAGAGCUGGGGCCUAGCAGCAUUAACCAUUAGAACAUCCCUUAAAUCAAUAAGCUACAAAUCUGGCCGCACAUUCCUGCAGCGUCUGGUGGUACGUGAAAGUGGCUUCCGGCUGAAGCAGCGUGAGUGAUAGCACAUCCUGAACCAGGCAAACUGCAUGCACUGCAGAUUCCUAGGUUGUGGUGGCCUUACCUUGUUAAAUUCUGCAAAUACAAUUAUAUUUUAUUGAUGUACAUAAGAAAAGCUGUUUCCCUUUUGUU